UUGGUCCGGCACGGGACCCUUACUAAAAGCGUCACGAGUCACAGGGGGAUGACGAUCAUGGGGAACUAGGAGAAAAUGGCUCUUGUUUAUCAUUUAUUAUAAUUCAUGAAGUAACAGAACAAGCCGUCGGAAGUGCCGGGGGCCUGCCAUGGCUAACAUCACGAAGAAAGUGUCGUGGUCGAGCCGAGCUGACGAAUCCGGUACCGCUGGCGAAGCGACGCCGCUUCUAAACGGCUCCGAGAAACGUCAACACUCCAGAGAGCCACCUGGAGGAGGCACUGUAUUUCAAAUCGGAAGACUCAGCAAUGUGGAUUUGGAAGAGGAGGUUACGUCCGAUGAGGAGACUCAUCGGGGACGUCCCAAAGAAAUCCCCCAUAAUGAGAAGCUGCUGUCACUCAAAUACGAGAGUCUUGACUACGAUAACAUCGAGAACCAGCUGUUUCUGGAAGAGGAGAGGCGUAUGAGUUACCUGGGUUUUCGCUGUUUGGAAAUCAGUCGCUGGGUGGUCUGCGGUCUGAUCGGCUUUCUGACCGGUCUCAUUGCCUGUUUUAUUGACAUUGUGGUGGAGCAGCUGGCUGGAAUCAAAUACCAAGUUGUUAAAGAAAAUAUAGAGAGGUUUACAGAAGUUGGCGGACUGUCUCUCUCGCUCAUUCUUUGGGCUGUCUUGAACUCUGCUUUUGUUAUGAUGGGAGCAAUCAUAGUUGCCUUUUUUGAGCCUAUAGCAGCAGGGAGUGGUAUUCCACAAAUAAAAUGCUACUUGAAUGGCGUCAAGGUUCCGAGAGUGGUUCGACUCAAGACUCUGGUGGUGAAAGUGUGUGGUGUUAUUUGCUCAGUAGUGGGUGGACUUGCUGUUGGAAAGGAAGGUCCUAUGAUCCACUCCGGUGCCGUUGUAGCUGCAGGAGUCUCCCAGGGCAGGAGCACUUCUUUGAAAAGAGACUUUAAGAUCUUUGAAUACUUCAGAAGAGACACAGAGAAAAGAGACUUUGUUUCUGCUGGAGCUGCUGCGGGGGUCUCGGCUGCUUUUGGAGCACCAGUUGGUGGUGUUCUUUUCUCUCUUGAAGAGGGAGCUUCUUUCUGGAACCAGAUGCUCACAUGGAGGAUAUUCUUUGCGUCAAUGAUCUCCACGUUCACCCUGAACUUCUUCCUCAGUAUCUACCACAACAACCCAGGUGACCUUUCAAACCCUGGUCUCAUCAACUUUGGACGAUUUGAGAAUGAUAGUGUGGCCUAUUACCUCUAUGAAAUUCCCUUGUUCAUUGCCAUGGGUGCUAUAGGUGGACUUCUAGGAGCUCUGUUCAAUGUUCUCAACUACUGGCUGACCAUCUUCAGAAUAAGGUAUGUCCAUCGUCCUUGUUUGCAAGUGAUGGAAGCUAUGUUGGUCGCCGCGGUGACUGCAACAGUGUCAUUCACCAUGAUUUACUUCUCCAACGACUGUCAGCCUCUCGACCCUGAACACUCAGAGGAGUACCCCUUGCAGCUAUUCUGUGCAGAUGGGGAGUACAACUCCAUGGCAACAGCCUUCUUCAAUACUCCAGAGAGAAGUGUCCGUAGCCUUUUCCACAACCAGCCAGGAUCUUACAAUCCUCUGACGCUGGGCUUAUUCACGCUCACGUACUUCUUUCUGGCCUGUUGGACGUACGGCCUCACCGUGUCCGCUGGGGUCUUCAUUCCAUCGCUGCUAAUUGGUGCAGCCUGGGGAAGACUAUGCGGAAUUCUGCUGUCUGCCAUCUCUGCCACCGGAUCGAUCUGGGCAGAUCCUGGUAAAUAUGCCUUGAUCGGAGCUGCAGCACAGUUAGGUGGCAUUGUGAGAAUGACUCUCAGUUUGACUGUCAUUAUGGUGGAGGCCACGGGAAAUGUCACAUACGGCCUUCCAAUCAUGCUUGUCUUGAUGACGGCCAAGAUCGUUGGAGACUACUUUGUUGAGGGUCUGUAUGACAUCCAUAUUAAACUGCAGAGCAUCCCCUUCCUACAUUGGGAGGCUCCUGCAACUUCACACUGGCUAACAGCUAGAGAAGUGAUGAGCAGUCCUGUCACCUGUUUGAACAAGGUAGAGAAGGUAGGAACCAUCGUUGACAUCCUGAGCAGCACAUCAACCAAUCACAAUGGUUUUCCUGUAGUGGUGGUGCAAGGUGAUUCUGGUGAAGAGCCAGCAAAACUCUGCGGACUCAUCCUUCGCUCACAGCUCAUCGUUCUCCUUAAGCACAAGGUGUUUGUGGAGCUGGCCCGGUCGCGGCUGACCCAGAGGAAGCUCCAGCUGAAGGACUUCAGGGACGCCUACCCGCGCUUCCCCCCGAUCCAGAGCAUCCACGUCUCUCAAGAUGAGCGAGAGUGCAUGAUGGACCUCUCUGAGUUCAUGAACCCGACACCUUACACUGUUCCACAGGAUACGUCUCUUCCUCGUGUGUUUAAACUGGUCAGAGCACUUGGUCUCAGGCACCUGGUUGUGGUGGAUGAUGAGAACAGGGUGGUUGGACUGGUAACCAGAAAAGACUUGGCCAGAUAUCACCUGGGUAAACACGGACUGGAGGAACUUCAGCUGGCUCAGACAUAGUGUACACAAACAAACACACAUACACUUUGAAAAGCGGUGCCAUAAAGCAUUUCCAUAACCCAACUAUGACAAGUGCCUAAUGUGAUGGUCACAGGGGAUUACCAUGACAACCAAACACAUGGACAAGCAGGAGUGUAAUCACCAAAAAGCGCUAUGUGUCUGUACUGAACGCUUAGUCACAAUUGCAAAAAUUGCUUUGUUGCUGACAUUUGUCUUUAAAAAAUUCACACUAUCUUGUUUGCAUCUUCUGUUUUGGUCCAAGAUAUUUAAGUGGUCAUAAGUUUCACCUAUCCUGAUGAUUCUAUUUGAAGUAAAAACCGCAUAAUCUCCUCCCAAACCUGUAGUGAAGUGAUCAAAAUGAAGUGGCUCAAAUGCAAAUUGAAUAACACAGUUGAAAUUAUUUAAACCAAUGCUUUUGUGCACUACAUGUAUUUUAGACUUUGAAAUUGAAUAGUAAAGUGGUACUGAAAGAACAUAGGAGUAGUUCUGCUCAGGCUAUGUUUUCCCCCGUUUGGUAUGUUCUGUUUUGCACUGAUAGAUUUAUUAUUUAUUCCUUGUUUUAGUUUUCACAAUGUGCAUGACAGAGACGUUAGAGAGAUGAUAUUUUUUAAAGGAAAACAGAGCGACUUGAUUUGCCGAUUUCUAGCUGCUUUGUGAGGCAGUUUUAGCUAGAGAUCAGGUACUCUUUCCUUAGUCUGUUUGCCUCCCCAACCAAAUAAUACUGUUUGGGGUGGGGGAUACUCUUGACUAUACAUUGUUAUCACCACCAGAUGUUUGAACUGUGUGUGGUUACUACUGAAAAUAAUGUAUGACACAAGAAGCCAAAUAUGAAUGUAAAGUUAGAACAUUCUACAAUUGUCAUCUGAAAUAAUGAUGAAUACAAGUAUUGAAAAUUUUAACCUCUUUAGUAAAUAUUGUCUCACUUAACAUGCCCUUAUUUGUUUAUGCUUUGUGUCCCUUUUGUGUUGUACAGUUCUCCGUGUUCAAAAUAAAACCCAUGUUCUAUUUUAUAACCACUGCAUUAGACUUUGUGAAAAAAAUAAAUGAUAUAUUGUACAUGG